AUGGAGAAGAUCCUGGACAAUGCUGAAUCAAGCUCAGCUAGACUGGUCGCGAAUCAGGAGCAGUCCCAGAAAGAUCGAGUCCAGACCUAUAUUGACAAUACACUCAUAGACAUCCUCAAUGAGCUACGGACGCCAGAUGGUCGACCAACGCUGACAUUGAAACGAAGAUCCAGAGGAGUUCCCUUUUCCAUCAAUCCCGAAAACCUGGCUCUUGAGACCGAGGAGAAAGAAAUACAAUCAUGCUACACCUGGCCGGCUGCCAUCAUCCGAGGACUAGCAGUUAUCGCGGAGGCGGUCCAAGCUGGUCUGGUAGUUUCCAAAAGAGACAUCUAUUACAGCGAUCCAGCUUGCUUCGGUUCUCAGCAAAUCGCUGACACCAUAAUUGAUGAUAUUGCUCAUACGAUUGGGGUAGAUCGAGCGGCGUUGAACGUGGAAGCGGUAGCCAAAGGGCUGGUUGCGGGAUAUUAUCGUCUGAUGACCAAAGCUGGUGAAGUAAUGGACGCUCGCUUCUCAACCAAGGAUUCCCUGAUACCGAGGACGGAAGACAUUGAAGCAAUCGAUGCUUCGGAGGCGAAAUGGGUCUUGAUCCUGGAAAAAGAAGCGGUCUAUCGUCGACUCUCGAGAAGCAGCUACCAUACAAGAGCGGCCGCAGGCAAAGGUAUAUUGGUAACAGGUAAAGGCUAUCCGGACCUGAGCACGCGAGCCUUUGUUCGAAGACUGCUUGACGAGACUCGACAUCUCCCCGCGGAGGAAGCCCCGCGCUUUUACGCUCUCGUUGAUAGUGAUCCGGAUGGCAUGGCAAUCAUGUCAACUUAUAAAUAUGGCUCGAUGGCGCAUGCGCGUGACAACGAGAAGCUCAAUGUUCCCAAGCUACGCUGGCUGGGACUCCGAACAUCAGACGUCAUUGAAGGUGCAGACUCAUUUGGGGACGAUGGUUUCAUUCGACUGAGCCCGAGGGACAGAAAGAAGGCUAUUGCAAUGCUGUCAAACAAUCCCGUGUGGGCAAUAAAUGGACCGGAGCAGGAAUGGCGCGCAGAACUGCAGCAGAUGCUCAUGUUGAACUUGAAGGCCGAGAUUGAGAUUCUCUACGAUCGGCAGGAGGGACUUGAAGGGUGGAUCGAUAAGAAGAUGACCACUUCAAGCUGA